AAACAGAAAUGGCGGGGUAUGGUAGCACUGUAGCGCUAAAAAUAAAACACUGCACCAGGUGUUAAGGAUUUUGUUUUGGCAAAAAAAUGUGAAAAACGGGAAUAUGAAGUCCGGCGAAGCAACGCGGCAGCGAAACAACGAGCCAUGUCUAAUAAUGGAAAAGUCAUCCCGGACACCCCGCUGGUCGUGGACUUUUGGCAGGUUCGGAAAUGUCCCGGCAGCCGGUUGUUUUUCCUGACCCACAUGCACAGCGACCACACGGUGGGUCUGACCUCCACCUGGAGCAACCGACCCAUCUACUGCUCCCCCGUCACUGCCGCCCUGCUCAGACUCAAACUGCAGGUGAAAGAACAAUGGAUUCAUCCUCUAGAGCUGUGUGAGCCAUACCUGCUCCCUCUGGAUGACAUAGGCAAGGAGAAGCUCACCGUCACACUGAUAGACGCCAACCACUGUCCUGGAGCUGUCAUGUUUCUCUUUGAGGGCUACUUCGGGGCAAUUCUCUACACUGGUGAUUUCAGAUACACUCCUUCGAUGCUGCGUGAGCCAUGUUUAAGGACCAACACAACCAUAGACAUUCUGUACUUGGACAACACCAACUGUGACCCCAACCGCACUCUGCCAUCCAGACAGAAAGCUACUCAGCAAAUCAAAGAGAUCAUCCGCAGGAACCCUGACCACAAUGUUGUUAUAGGCAUUUAUUCUUUGGGUAAGGAGACUCUGUUGGUUGAGCUGGCGAUGGAGUUUAAGACCUGGAUUGAAGUGAAUUUCGAGAGAAUGGAGACCCUCAGAGCUCUGGAGCUUCCUGACGUCUUCACCACUGAGCCUGGGGCCGGCCGCAUCCGAGUCGUGAACCAGUCCAAGAUCUGCUCAGCAGUGUUGCAUGAGUGGAACAAAGAACAGCCCACACUGGCCAUCUUACCCACCAGCAGACCUCUCAUUUCCUUCCAUCCCAAUGUCUACGUAGUGCCAUAUUCAGACCACUCCUCCUACCAGGAGCUGGAGGAUUUUGUCUCGGCACUCAAACCUUCGUCUCUUGUACCCAUCGUUGGAGGCUUUCUACCUGGAGGCCUGUCUGCCUUACUGCCGCACAAGAAACGCCAAGACGUCCAUGUACCUGAGUCAGUCCGACUCUACAUGUUGAGACAGCCCGAACGGCAGUUCAGCUCCUCGGCGUACAAUGGUCUCUGUCACAGAAACCUCAGACCUCUUGCUCCCAAAGGAGUGAUAUUUGAUACUCCUGUGAAAAAACCUAGGAAGUUGUAUGAGAAAGCCUGUGAGGAAGAAAGCAUAGAGCAGGAUGGAUCUGAGGAAGAUAUUGAGACAGACAGCAGCGAAAGAGACUCUGACUUUAUUCUUGUUGAUCCAAGCAUAAAACUCACCCCUAACAAAAACAGAGAAGGGAACAAUGAGGAAACAGUUUCUGAAGAACUGGUGAUGAUAGAAUCGGUGCAGCUUGGUCAACUCACUGAAAGCAACUUUGAUUCAAUGCUGACAAACUCCAAUACCUUCAGGACAAGGCAGGAGUUGGAAAUUAAGACAAGUGUAAAUUCACAUGGGCACAAAGGGCGCAGAGAUGUUCAGAUGAGCCAAACCCUGGCAGAUCAUGAGACCAUGAGUGAGCACAGCUGGGGGGAUCAGAGCAGCGCUUCAGAUUUAUUUAAAAACAGUCCUGAUAGAGCCUCCCUUGGUUCAAAUGUGAUAUCCCGUGAGAGUACAGAGAAGCAUGAAAACAUCCUUUUGAAGUGUCUCCCCUUCUCAGAGAAGGACUUUGUGUCUGGAGGCCUCCUUUCACAUGACUUUGUGCGUCAGUUCACCCUCUCGCCUAUGAAGGAUUCAGAGGAAGAGGACGUCUGAAUCAACGUUAAGACUUUUGGAUUGCUUUGGUGGCAUUUCCGGCUCACUCGAGCACUAUUAUUACUUUGGUUUCUUAUUUUUCAUUGUCAUCGAGGGUGUUUUCUGAUUUGAGCCAAAAGCGUAGCUACCGUAGAGAGGCAUUAGACCACCAGAUAAUAAAAUCCAACUCACAUGAGCAGGUUUUUAUUACUUUUAUCAUUUACAGUCAUCUAGAUCCUCCGUUGGGAUCUAGAAAAAAUAAAUAAAUAAAAUCAUUUACAGUCAAUGGGGAUUUGGCACCACUGUGGGAUAGGCUUCGCCGGCCCAGGGCAGAGACUAACUUACGAGGGUUCUGCGGGUCUUUAGUGGAUUUUAUCCUUCCUCAGAAUUUCAGAUAAUUUCCUGUGUUUUAAUAAGGAAAUUAUCUGAAGAAGAGACUUGCCCACCUGACUGAAACACAUUUACCCUUCACUUUUUGUUCUCGUUGUGGACAGCCAAAAUAUUUUUUGGGUGAUUUCAAACUGUUCUGUAUCUUUUGAUGAGGAAAAUAAAGUACCUCCGAAAACAUUUAGACUAUGAACACAUUUGCUGCUCUUGUAUCACAGCAGACAAAUUGUGACGAUCUUGACGUUGGUGAUCAAAGCUACUUUAUUUUUAGGCAUAACUAGGUUUUAAUUUUACCCUAAAAAUGUAACCUGAUAUAAAUAAAAUGUCUGUUUAACUUUUUAAACUUUGUACUGUUUUACUGCCUGAGUAGAAGUAUUCUUUUAGUUCUGUAUGGAAGUUUCACAAUUUGUGAUAAUUUGUGAAGCAAAGAAAUUAAUGUUUGUUUGUUCUGAUUAUUAUCUAUAAGGGGGGCUGAUUCCACACUUAAUUACUACUGAGGAUAUAAUAAUCCUGUGAUUAACAUGACUGAGUGUUUUUGAGAGUAUUAAGAGAGCAAAAUGGCUCUUAUAAUAAAUGUGUUCAGUUGUAUGCAGGUUUAAUCAGUGUUAAUGCUUUUGAAAUGUUUUUUUCUAAACUGUAAACACAUACUCAGAAGGUAGAAAUGCAAAAGUUUGUAAACAUUCUUUCACAAGGUGAAAUAAUUAUAUUCAAAUAAUGACAGAUGAAUAUUGAUGAUGAUGAGUCCCUGUGGUUACAUUCUUGUUUCUUGUUGAAAUUUGCACAAAUACUAACAACACUGAGUAAAUACUAAGUUUCUUUUUAA